AUGGCGGAUUAUACCCCCGAGCUCGACUCUCAGCUACGGCACCUCCAGCGUGAGCUCGAGGAGGGCGAUAUUACAGAAAAAGGCUUCCAAAAACGACGAACACUGCUCUUUUCCCAGUACGGCCCUCCGCCCGUCCCGCCGCCACAAUCUGGCCUCCGAAUUCAUUCCGUCGACAACUCCUCCCACCCCGCCAACGAUGGUCACAGGGUAGCUGCUAUGGCUGCCAUGGGAGGUGGUGUUGCGCCUCGUCCCGGCAGCAGCUAUCACCACCCAGACGACCCUCCGUACUCGCCCAGCUCCUGGGCUCCGACGCCCGACCACAACCCUUCCACGCUGCGCCCUGGCGUCCCGAUACCAGAUAUCCGCCCGCCAGGGCCGACACACCGUGACUCCCUGUUUGUCCUCGGUCCUGGAGGCACAAUGGGUCCGUCGCGAAGCGGAACCAUGGUGUCUGGCGACUAUGCCUUUAACCCCGACCAACAAGGCUUUUACCCUCAUUCACAACCGCCCCCUCCAGACAGCAGAACCCACACACUACUCGACUCUCAGGGCUAUUUCUCUGAUUUUGCUGGCGAGCAACACUAUGACCAUCCCCAGCAAGUCGACUACGCCGGUCCCCAGAAUCGAUAUUCUUCCGGUGAAGCUUUCUCUCCCACAGCCGCAGUGGCCCCGCCUAUGCUGACUGCCAGCGACCUCCCACCACCCGAGGCGCUUGCUUAUCAGCUGCCAUUGGAGCCUCGCGAGGUCCCCUUCAGCAUAAUGGAUUCUCACGAUCCUACCCUGGCCAUGUCCAAGUUCGACAACCUUGCCUCCGUGCUACGGCAUCGCGGCCGAACAAUUGCAAAGACACCUGCAUUCUGGGUACUCGAUAGCAAAGGCAAGGAAACAGCCUCCAUCACGUGGGAUAAGUUUGCUUCUCGAGCCGAAAAGGUGGCUCAAGUCAUACGAGACAAAAGUUCUCUUUACCGCGGCGACCGAGUUGCACUCGUCUACCGAGACUCCGAAGUCAUCGACUUUGCCAUUGCUCUCAUGGGCUGCUUCAUCGCGGGUGUCGUAGCAGUGCCCAUCAAUGACUUGCAAGAUUACCAGCGUCUCAACUACAUCCUUACCUCGACGCAGGCUCAUCUCGCACUGACGACGGACAAUAACUUGAAGGCUUUCCAACGGGAAAUUACAGCGCAAAAGCUUACCUGGCCUCGCGGCGUCGAGUGGUGGAAGACGAACGAGUUUGGAAGCUACCACCCAAAAAAGAAAGAGGAUAUACCCGGUCUCAAUGUUCCCGACCUCGCGUAUAUCGAGUUCUCGCGAGCUCCUACCGGCGAUCUGAGAGGAGUUGUGCUCAGCCAUCGCACUAUCAUGCACCAGAUGGCAACUCUCAGUGCUGUCAUUUCCAACAUGCCUGGCAGUAAUCCGGGAGAUACCUUCAAUCCGUCGCUCAGAGACAAGAAUGGUCGUCUUAUUGGUGGUCGUUCUCGUAGCGAGUCUAUUCUUUCCUAUCUCGAUCCUCGACAAGGGAUUGGUAUGAUCCUCGGCGUCUUGCUUACAGUAUAUGGUGGCCACACUACAAUCUGGUUCGAUAACAAAGCUGUCGAUGUGCCUGGUUUGUACGCUCACUUAAUCACCAAGUACAGAGCGACAAUCAUGGUUGCCGACUACCCAGGCUUGAAGCGAGCCGCAUACAACUACCAGCAAGACCCAAUGACGACCAGAAACUACAAAAAGGGCACAGAGCCUAAUUUCCAAACAGUCAAACUAUGUUUGAUCGAUACCCUGACAGUCGAUAGCGAGUUUCACGAGGUACUCGCAGAUAGAUGGUUGCGGCCGCUUCGCAACCCCAGAGCGCGCGAUGUCGUCUCACCCAUGCUUUGUCUCCCAGAACACGGAGGUAUGGUUAUCAGUCUGCGAGACUGGCUUGGUGGUGAGGAGCGAAUGGGCGUUUCACUCAAGGCAAAGGGAGCCGAAUCCGAGAAAGACGUAGAUUCGGACGCCAGUAGCGAAAAAGAAGAAGUAAAGCCAGCCACUUCUAAUGGGUUUGGCAGUUUGCUUGGCGGAGGAACCACAACGACCAAGGAUUCACAAGAUUCUCAAACGGAGAUGAACGAAGUACUUCUUGAUCGCGAGGCACUCAAGACAAACGAAGUGGUUGUGGUUGCAUAUGGGGCAGAAGCUCGUAAGAAAGGCUCCAAUGACCCGGGUAUGGUUCGCGUCGGAGCGUUCGGUUAUCCUAUUCCAGAUGCUACCCUAGCCAUUGUUGACCCUGAAACUGGUCUACUUGCCUCCCCGCACUCGGUGGGCGAGGUUUGGGUGGACUCCCCUUCACUAUCUGGCGGGUUUUGGGCUCAACCUAAGAACACAGAGCUCAUCUUCCAUGCCCGUCCGUACAAGUUUGAUCCAGGUGAGCCCACACCUACGGCUGUGGAACCCGAGUUCCUUCGAACCGGCCUUCUCGGGACUGUGAUCGAGGGCAGAAUCUUCAUACUUGGCUUAUACGAGGACCGUAUUCGACAAAAGGUCGAAUGGGUAGAGCACGGAACCGAAUUGGCCGAGUACCGCUACUUUUUUGUACAGCACAUGGUUGUCAGCAUUGUGAAAAAUGUCCCCAAAACAUACGACUGCUCUGCAUUCGACGUUUUUGUCAACGAUGAACAUCUGCCUGUGGUGGUUUUGGAAACUGCUGCCGCGUCGACGGCACCUCUUACUUCCGGUGCCCCUCCCAGACAGCCAGACAUGGCACUUCUGGAUUCGCUAGCCGAACGGUGUAUGGAGGUGCUGAUGCAGGAACAUCAUCUUCGACUUUACUGCGUGAUGAUUACAGCACCAAACUCAUUGCCUCGCGUACUGAAGAAUGGGAGACGCGAGAUUGGCAACAUGUUGUGUCGCCGCGAGUUUGAUCUUGGAAAUCUGCCUUGCGUACAUGUCAAAUUCGGUGUGGAGCAUGCUGUUCUCAACUUGCCAAUUGGCGUUGACCCGAUCGGCGGUAUUUGGUCUCAAGUGUCUUCAGAGUCUCGUGAGGAUGUGCUCAUGACCUCUGAGAAGCAGUAUUCCGGCAUCGAUCGACGAGAGGUUGUCAUCGACGACAGAACCUCUACGCCGCUGAAUAACUUCUCCUGCAUUACUGAUCUUAUCCAGUGGCGUGUUGCUCGCCAGCCCGAAGAGCUAGCUUACUGCACCAUAGAUGGGAGGGGUCGUGAAGGCAAGGGCAUUACUUGGCGCAAAUUUGAUUCAAGAGUCGCUGCCGUGGCCAUGUAUCUGAAGAACAAAGUCAAAGUACAGCCAGGGGAUCACUUGAUCCUCAUGUACACUCACUCUGAAGAGUUUGUUUUCGCGGUGCACGCGUGCAUCAGCCUCGGCGCUAUCAUUAUACCAAUCGCACCUCUGGAUCAAAACCGAUUGAAUGAGGACGUUCCCGCUUUCCUCCAUAUUGUGGCCGAUUACCGAGUUAGGGCUGUGCUAGUCAACAAUGAUGUCGAUCAUCUCAUCAAACUCAAGCCAGUCUCUAGCCACAUUAAGCAAUCAGCGCAGAUACUCAAAAUCUCCAUUCCCAGUCACUACAACACGUCAAAACCAUCCAAACAGAAUAAUGGUCUCCGAGACUUGGGCCUGACUAUUGAUCCUGCGUGGAUCCGCCCUGGCCAUCCGGUCAUCAUUUGGACAUACUGGACCCCAGAUCAGCGCAGAAUUGCUGUCCAACUUGGUCAUGACACAAUCAUGGGCAUGUGCAAGGUUCAGAAGGAGACGUGCCAAAUGACCAGUACGAGACCUGUGCUCGGCUGUGUCCGCAGCACGACCGGUCUUGGCUUUCUUCAUUCAUGCCUGAUGGGCAUCUAUAUUGGAACACCGACGUACUUGUUAUCACCAGUUGAAUUUGCACAGAAUCCAAUGUCACUAUUUGUUACUCUGGCCAGGUAUAAGAUCAAAGAUACCUACGCCACAGCGCAAAUGCUCGACCACGCCAUGGCCACGAUGCAAGCCAAGGCGUUCACCUUGCAUGAAUUGAAAAACAUGAUGAUCUCAUCCGACACUCGGCCUCGAGUUGACAUUUUUGAAAAGGUCCGUCUGCACUUUGCUCAGGCUGGACUAGACCCGACAGCCAUCAACACGGUAUACUCUCACGUUCUCAACCCGAUGAUUGCAUCUCGGUCAUACAUGUGUAUUGAGCCCAUUGAACUUUGCCUUGAUACAAAGGCUCUGCGAAGAGGUCUCAUCAUGCCCGUCGACCCCGAGUCAGACCCGAAGGCGCUUACCGUACAAGACUCCGGGAUGGUGCCCGUUUCAACUCAGAUUGCCAUUGUCAAUCCAGAGAGCAGAGCUCAUUGCUUAGAUGGUGAAUAUGGCGAAAUUUGGGUUGAUUCGGAAGCAUGCGUCAAGUCAUUUUAUGGUUCCAAGGACUUUUUCGAUGCUGAACGCUUCGACGGCCGCACGGUGGAUGGUGAUCCUGCUGUACAAUAUGUACGCACGGGCGAUCUGGGCUUUCUGCAUAACGUUAGUAGGCCAAUUGGACCCGGUGGCGCACUUGUUGACAUGCAGGUGCUCUUCGUUCUGGGUGGUAUUGGUGAGACAUUCGAGAUCAAUGGUCUCAGUCAUUUUCCCAUGGAUAUUGAAUCCUCAGUGGAGAAGUGCCAUCGUAAUGUUGUACCCAAUGGCUGUGCUGUUUUCCAAGCUGGCGGUCUGGUUGUUGUCCUUGUUGAAGUCAACCGCAAAGCCUAUCUGGCUUCCAUUGUGCCUGUGAUUGUCAAUGCGAUCCUUAGCGAGCAUCAGAUCAUCGUUGACAUUGUUGCUUUUGUCAGCAAGGGUGACUUCCCACGGUCGCGGCUAGGUGAGAAGCAACGUGGCAAGAUUCUUGCUGGAUGGGUUACUCGCAAACUGCGUACCAUGGCCCAAUUUGCGAUCCGUGAUGUUGAUCCAGCCGCCAUGGGCGAUGGCCCGGGUCCUGAUGAGGGUAGAAACUCAACGGGGAGUGUGCGCAGCUCGGCUAUAUUGGCAGCCGGAGCAUCGAGCCUCCGCAAUGUCGAAAGAGCUCCUCAAAUCUCCGAGCAUGGAGAGUAUGAUGCCCGGUACAAUACCAUGUCCACCACGUCUCCCCCAAGACAUAGCAUGAUCCCCGAAGAUCAGACAACUCCGACAAGCUACCCGCCUAGAGGGUCGAUGGCCGCACCGGACGACUUGCAGCAGGCUGAGAGGUUAAACACUGGUGCUAGUGACUACGGACUUAUGGGCAAUGAUGAUGCCGCUCGAGGCACCUUUAUCUCUGAGCUUGAUUCUACACCGGCCGUGCGUCGUGAUGCAGGUCAUGGGGCUCCGCAGAUAAGGCUGCCUGGAGUAGACGGCCGAGAAAGCACGGAUCUAUUUGCGGCCCCGACGAGCGGGCUUGCAGAUGACGAAGCAGAGUGGACGGCCGACGCAAUCAUGCAUAUGAACCUUGCCAGUGAUAUGGACGCUCGACAAGGCGUGGCCAAAUGA